AUAUACGAUGUCUCAUCAUCAGUGUAUAACAAGAGACAUCUCAUUCAAUUCGUUUUAUAAAAAAGCCAGACACAAACUAUUAUCGCAGAUUAGUCGUUUUUUUUAUGGCAGUAGUAUCAUCUCUUCUCCGGCGUUUCAAUUCGCCUACCAUACCCUCUCUCUGCUCUCUCACUUCCUCCUCUUACCACUCUUUCUCGACCCAAUGUUUUACCCAACGAACAGCGUCACUCUCUCUUCCGACAGAACCUCCUCCUGUCCCCAAAAAGAUCCCUUUCUCGGUCACAACUCAUGGCGUCACGAGACAAGAUCCUUACCGUUGGAUGCGGAACACAAACGACGCAGCUUUCCUCGACCACCUCCACCGCGAGAACUCCUACGCUCAAGCUUUCAUGUCUGACACAGAGACCCUAAGGCGUAAUCUGAUCUCCGAGAUGAAAACUCGCAUCCCCGCAGAGAUUGUCACUCCCCCAGAACGCUGGGGACAAUGGUUGUACAGGCAAUACAUACCAAGAGGAAAAGAGUAUCCUCUUCUCUCUAGGAGAUUGGAGGAGAAUGCUGAAACAAACUGGCUCUCUGUUCUUGAUUGGAAUCAGAUUGCUGAACAGUUUGGUUAUGUUCACGUUGGUGUUUGUCGUGUCUCACCUGAUCAUAACUACCUCGCCUACACGGUUGAUCCCAAGGGCAACGAACGUUUCCUUCUCCAGAUUAAGGAUCUUAGAAGUGGUUGUUUGGUUCCGAGGCUGGAAGUUGAUGGAGUUGUCAGCUUGGCGUGGGCGCUAGAUGGAGUCAGCUUGUUUUACACUGUUGUAGAUGAACACCAAAGACCUCACAGGGUUGUUGUUACUAAUGUUGAAUCAGACGGGGGAGGUGAUACUGUUGUGUUCUCUGAAAGUGAUUCCAGUUUCUGUGUGGACAUCACGAGUACUAAAGAUGGCAAGUUUGUUACUAUUAAUUCGAACUCGAGGACUUCGUCCGAGGUUUAUAUAGUAAAUGCGGAAAAGCCAUUGGCUGGUCUGCGAAGGGCUCGUGAGAGAGUCCCUGGUGUGCAGUGUUUUCUUGAACAUCACAAUGGUUUCUUUUACAUUCUUACCAAUGCUCACACGGAUGCAGCUAGUGAGUGGUCCGGUGAAGGGUACUAUUUGAGUAGGUGUCUAGUGGAGGAAGUUGAAUCAUCGGAAUGGCAGGUUGUUUUCUGUCCAGAUGAUGAUGUGGUGAUACAAGAUAUGGACAUGUUCAAUGACUAUCUAGUGCUUUUCUUCAGUAAGAAUGGCUCACCUAUGCUAUGUUCCAUCGAUAUGCCCAUGAAAGCAAAUACGAAGCAUAUGGAGGAUCUUAAUCCCUGGUACUUUCCUCUUCCAGCUGAUUCAUGCAGUGUUGCACCGGGCUCAAACCACGACUUCCAAAGCUCAGUUUACCGAGUGGUCCUUUCAUCUCCUGUGAUUCCUGACACUAUCAUCGACUAUGACGUGUCAAGAAGAUCAUUCUCAGUCGUCCAUCAGGAGGGAAGAGUCAUAGAUGAUCUUGAUACUAGUACGCCAUGGUACUCAGCAGAUCACUCUACAGACAAUAAUGAUAGAACCAGUGAGGGAAUGCCUGAAUGGGAGGAACUAUCUGAUGCUUAUGUUUGUGAAAGGCAAGAAGUUUCUUCACACGACGGAGUAAAAGUCCCGCUGACAAUUCUGUAUUCCCGAGAAGCAUGGAAGAAGAGCGAGUCACCGGGGAUGUUGAUAGGUUACGGUGCUUAUGGAGAAGCCCUGGACAAAAGCUGGUGCACAAAUCGAUUGAGCAUGCUUGAUCGUGGUUGGGUUAUUGCCUUUGCUGAUGUGAGGGGAGGAGGUGGUGGGGACUUUUCAUGGCACAAAUCAGGAACUGGAUCGUUGAAACUAAACUCAAUUCAAGAUUUCAUCUACUGUGCGAGGUAUCUAAUGGACAAGGGAUAUGUGCAUAGACAUCAUCUUGCUGCUAUUGGGUACAGCGCAGGAGCUCUCCUUCCAGCUGCUGCCAUGAACAUGCACCCUAGUCUAUUUCAAGCUGCCAUUUUGAAGGUUCCUUUUGUAGACGUGUUAAACACAUUGUCAGAUUCAAACUUACCUCUCACACUUUUGGACCAUGAAGAGUUUGGUAACCCAAACAUCCAAACCGAGUUUCAAUCCAUCCUUGGCUAUUCUCCAUAUGAUAACAUACGCAGAGAUGUUUGCUUUCCUUCAAUGCUUGUCACAGCUUCGUUUCAUGACUCAAGGGUUGGAGUAUGGGAAGGUGCUAAGUGGGUGGCUAAGAUACGGGAGAGUACGUGCCAUGAUUGCUCACGAACUGUGAUUCUGAAAACGAAUAUGAGUGGUGGCCAUUUCGGUGAAGGAGGUCGCUAUGCUCAAUGCGAAGAGACUGCUUUUGAUUAUGCUUUUCUUAUCAAAGUCAUGGCUUAUCACAACAAUAGAUAACAGAAAUGAUUGUUGGUAGAAAGUCAGUUUUAGAGACUGGAAAUAUGAUUCAAGAACUUGAAACAGAAUCUAAUAUUCC